CCUCUUUCUUUUUUUUUUUACGCAAUUCAUCAAUCAUCAUCAGCAUCAAAUUAAAACCUCAGCUUUUGCAUUUCUCUACUAACACAAAACUCUCAUUUCGGUGUCUCUGAUUGCGAAUUUGAUCUCAAUAUUCGAUUUUUGAAAGAUCUCUUUCAAUUUCACCAUUCCUGGACCCCAAACGGAGGAAGAGUUCGAUCAUGAAGUUUGGUUAUUCCUCUGGUCAAAUUCGAUUUGUGUUUUAAGCAACUGAAGUAACAAUGUCGAAACCGAUCCUGCUCGUGGGUCUACUAGUUAUACUUAUAGUUACCUCUCAGUUUGAAUGGAGGCAACCACUUGUUGAGUUAGAUACAGCCACCAGCUCGUCUCAGAAACAGCAGCAAAUUUCAGAUAGGGAAGAAGCUGUCAAAGAGAAGAUCAUCAUAUCACAAGAGAGACAUAUCCAGAGGCUAAAUGAGCUUGUCAGGAGUCUUCAAUUGCAGUUGCUGCAAUGCAAGGGAGAGAAUGAGACCCAAAAUGCCACCAAAAGCUAUCAUCUAAACAAACAAUUCAUCGAGGUCGAAAGGAAACAAAUCCUGGAAGGCUAAACUCCGCUACGGAAAACAUUUCUAAAUAACCGAAUUGGUAUGUAAAAGUUGUGAAAGAAAUCACUCUUUAAUUUUUGUGUUCAGAUGUUGUAAUGUAAUAUCUCUGUUUUGUGUUUAACGAUACAUCAUCACACCUAGAGUUAAAAAAAUCAUUUUUUAUCAAGACU